GAGUUUAGGCAGCGGGGCUGUGGGGCGCCCUGCGAGCGUGCGUGUUCUGUAAUGCCGCUGGGCACCGUGUCCCCGGGCUUGAUUUAGGCGAAGCCUGCCGCAACUCGCACGCUGUGCUGGAGUUUCCAGUGGAAAAGCGCACGGGACGGUGCCGCCGGAGUUGCCGCCGGCUGCCCGGCCGGGGCCUGGCUCCGGGAGAGCCGCAGGGAUGCGAGGCCGCCGUGGCUAGCGAGCCCCGGCCGAAGGCAGCCCUGGGCCCGGGCGCUGGCGAGAUGACAAGCGUGGCGGAGGAGAGGGAGCUGCAGGAGCGGCUGAGGGAAGCGGCGGCGCUGGGGGACGCGGAGGAGGUUCGGCGGCUGGUGGAGUUCGGGGUGAACCCCAACUCCCAGAACGACGUCAACGGCUGGACUUGUUUGCACUGGGCAUGUAAAAGGAACCAUGCUCAAGUGGUGUCCUACCUGCUGCGUUCGGGGGCUGACAAGGAAAUUCUUACAAGGAAAGGAGAACGACCUGUCCAGUUGACAUCGAAGAGGGAGAUUUGGAAGAUGUUGGGAGUGGAAGAUGAUGAACUUCCAGACUUAAAGAAAGAUUUGGAUUUGCCAAUCAUCCCUAAUUACCUGGCUAACCCACCUUUCCCAUAUGUUUAUAACACCAUGAGUAACAGUAUUCCAGAUGCCUCUGUGAAUGGAAGUGUCUCGCCCUUAGAGCCACAAGACAGCGACUCUUCUUCCUUACCUCAUGUGGAAACGUGCACACAUGCAUCAUUACUGCAGGAAAAUGCUGCCUCGGAGGUGAUCGGUCCUGGAGAGAGGCCGUCACUGCCAGGUGGCUGUACUGCACCACGAUGCCCCAAACCCGUUGGUCAGAACGGCCCGGUUUACCAGACGUCUGUGUCUUGGAGCAGAAGUUCCCCUUCUCCUGUUGGAUCAAAAUCGGCCGUACCUCAGCAGCAGAACGGCUCCUGCACUGGGCCUGUGCCAACAUUUCAGCCAGUCUUCUUCACGGGAGCUUUUCCACUUAAUAUGCAAGAACUGGUGCUUAAAGUUAGAAUACAAAACCCUAGCCUUAGAGAAAAUGACUUCAUUGAAAUUGAACUGGACAGACAAGAACUGACCUAUAAGGAAUUGCUCCGAGUUAGUUGCUGUGAGCUGGGUGUUAACCCUGAACACGUAGAGAAGAUCAGAAAAUUGCCAAAUACAGUGCUAAGAAAGGACAAAGAUGUGGCAAGACUACAGGAUUUCCAAGAACUGGAGCUUGUUCUAACAGUAAGCGACAAAAACUUACUUUUCAGAGUACCAACACUUUCUGAACGGAGUGGUUAUAACAAGAAAGCAUCAGAACUGACAUACUAAUUGUUUAAAGAAGAAUAAAACAAAAUAUUUGUAUUGCAUUUUAAAAUUACAUAUUUGAAAUAUAUUAUCUAUAAGGGCUAAUGAUGUGGAAAAGUUCUAUUUUGUUAACCUUGAAAUAAACUAAAGAUGUUAUGCAGUUAUAGCUUGUAUUUAAUCUAAGAGUAACUAGUCUGAUAUGAACGUAGCUUAUGCAAAGAAAGUACUGGUAGAACUAUCUGUUUAUGCAGUACUCUUUUACUUACAAAAAGGUAAUCUUGAAAUAUUGUAGAGUUAUAGAAGCUCUCAGGGAAAGGCUUAUCUUCAACUGUUCUAAUAAUUUGUUUGCUAUAAAAUAGCAGAGGUACUCAUGUUAAAGAACCUGCCAUGAAACCCACAUAAUAUUUGUAUCGAGUCCAUUACUAUUGACAUGUUCACCAUUCAGAUCAUGUAUUUUACAUCAUCUCUUACUUAGAAGGAAAAAAACCAGAAGGGUUAAAUCUGUGAAAGAAGCACAAAACUGUCUAGUUUAAAUACUCCUAAGUGACUUAUUAUCUGUGAUUUCUUAAUCCCUAUUUACACAUUUCCCUAUUUCUCAGGUUGAAAACAAAGAAAAUUGUAGUAAUCAUCUAAAUCAUAAGUAUGCUCUCAACCAAAAUCAUAUGUCCCUUUUAUUGUUGUUUGUCAAUAUACAGUAUUGACAUAUGCAAUUUAAAAUACUAUUUUUGUUACUGUAUUGAAAACACAUUUCUCCAAUGCUGCUUUAAUUUCCCCUUUUAAAGCACAAAUAUUGUAGAACUGUUGUCCUUUUACCCCCUACAUUCCAGAGAAAGAGCCAGUCUGGAAACUUUUAAGUUUCCUAUAUAAAAGGAAACCAGGGUUUUCUGGGCCGAUAUUAAAAUCUUGAUGUUUCUAUGCAGCAUAUUUUCUUCUCCUCCUGCCAGUGUUUUGCAUUUACCUGUAUUGCUUACCGAAAAGUCACUUUUCCUAUUCCUGUUACUUAAAAUUCAGAAUUAGACUACUUUACUGUGAAAUCCUGGAAUAAGUAAAUUGAAAAGUAUUUAAGACAAUAGUGAGCUGGAUUUUAUCUAACAUUUUAGGAUCUUAAUAUUUACACAGUCAUCUGUAUUUGAGCAAGCACUAUAAUCUGGUAACAUAACUGUGUAAGUACAUGCUACGAAGCAGAUGACUGAAGUACUAGAUGUAAUAGGCAGCCAGAACAUUAUCGACCUGGACUGAGUUCCCCCCCCCCCCUUUUUCUUUUUUUUUAAGAUCUCCCCCCCCCCUUCCCUCUAGUUUCUGUGGAAACUACAGCAACCAAAGGAUUUUUAUCUUCUUAUUGUCUAACAGUAUUUACAGCCCAGGUUAGCUGUACAUUGUACGUGGACUUAUCAAUGGGCUUUGCAGAAGUAGCACACUGAGCAGGAAGCCACCAAACUAACUGAGGAGAGAACUGCGUCUUAAACUCCUAGCACUCUUCUCACAGAAAAUGACGACUUUCUCGGACGGGCAUUGGGUAUCUGCUACAGCCUUUUUUUCCCCCUUUCCCAGGGGCUACGACAGGAGAAAUGUCCCUCUGCCUCUGCAGUCAGGGCAGUCACCUGUAUUAUAGCUAACAUAAGAGGAACUGGUAACCAGGUUUACCCAUCAUCUCUCUUUCGCAUCCCGUGAGUAAUACUUUAUGCAAAAGGAAGCAGCUUUAGCAGGAGUGACUGAGCACACCAGAGGGAGCCCUCGCCCAAACCACCUUAGCUUCUGGCGCUCCAGUGUCCACCUGGAAGCACAGAUCCAUGCAAACACCCAGAUUUCUUAUGCAUCAAUUAGUUAGACUGAAUUUCCGUCUCCUAACGAUAAUAUUAGUAAAAACCUUUUGUCACAACCAGGUAUCCUCUGCUGAAGUGUUAAGAGGGCAAAUGCAGUCCGAGUCAGUGGCAAUAGCUGUUUCUUAUACCAAAUUGGUGGUGGUAUAUUAACUUCUGUAUAAUGGAAUAAUGCGAUUUCCUAUUGCAUUGUUUUUGGUAUACGAAACAGAUGAUACGGUUUAGGUGUCAGCUGGCUAAAUGCUAACUUAAUCCAUGCAGGUACCAAACUGUUACUGAUUAACCAGUCAGACCUACCAGAGAAUCUCAGCUGUUGGGUUGAUUGAUUUCAUUGUUAAUUGACUGUUGUGCACAGAUACUGAUAGCUAUCUAUGCAUUCAGACAAAUAUUUUUAUAUAUUAUGCAGUUUAUAAACAGAAGAUACUAUUAACCUUGCUAAUUUGAAUUAAUCUAGUAAGUGUAAUCACUACAUUACUGUGUAUGAUAAUAAUUCAUUAGUUUGUGCAUUGCUAUGUGAACUUGGUGUCAAACAAAUGCUUGGCUGCAGAUUAUUGUUUCUAUUUAAGAAGUGUCAUUUGUAAAAAUUAAUAAAUGAUUAUUUUUGUCUUCUCAAA